AGAGUUGGGAAUGACUAGCACAUAGGUGUGAGGGGAACCUUUACCUUUACCUCUGGACUACUAACAUUUACAGCAUUUACUUCACGUGUUUCUAUCAUGCCCAAACAGAUCUCUAAAAUAUACCUUUCAGUAUUACUUCACUUCAGUUUCAUCCCAGAGCAUUUCAUACCCAAUUCUAAAACUCUUUCAUUCAAAUAUCUCUGCAAUUGCUAAUCUAAACUGGUUCUUGCUCUCUCUGAUUAUAUUCCUAGUCAUUGUGGUUUUUAUAUUCAAAUUAUAGAGUAUUUUUAAUUCUAACUUUGUAAAGCACUCUUUUGUAUGUAUUUUUUCUCAUCCACAGUUUUUUUCACCAUAUUUCACCAAGCAGCUUUUUAAAAUCUGCUGUUAGUGAGAUUUCUGUAACUUCUGUAGCAUUUGUUCAGUUGGCCUUUUCCAAAAUCCAACUUUGCCGAAUAUAAUGUUAUCAAUAACAACUAUUGUAUAAUUAACACACAUACAUUAUUUUAUGGAUUUCAAUUUUUUAAAAUAAAAUAGUAGGUUUAAAGUUGCUAUUAAAUUAGUAAACAAGAUGGUUUUGUAUGAUCAAACCAGGAUUAAACUUUCAUAUAAAAACUGUUUGUCUGAAAACCUGGAAUGUCAAUGACAGUAAUCUGAAGAUAACAGCUUUCUACGUUCCGAUCGAGUUAUUUUUCUAAUAUGUAAAAAUAGCAGAACACAUGUCCCUUAACAUUCAAGAUGUAUUUAACUGUUAUCUUCCCACUUCAGUUAUUUAGUAGUAUCCUGAGAUGAUUGCUAGAAAGCAUGGAGUCAUCAAAGGGUGAGUACAGAAAGUCAGUGUUUAUGCAUUUAAAUAUAUGCAUGAAAUUGUUCCACACCAUAUCCAAAGUCAUUUGGACUAGAAGCAUUACAACUUGUUGCUAAAAUUUUAUAACAUCAGUCUUCCUUGUAAAAGUCCCCUUUCAGGAUGGUGUAGAAACUUUUUAACACCGUAAUACUUGGUGUGAAGCUUUCUGCAUGAUAUUAUGAAGAAUUAUAAGUUUAUUCAGGUAGAUUUCAUUUGGUGUAAAUAUACCUAACUAUACAUAAUUGUCUUGGUCAGGUUUCUCCAUAACAUGUAUGAUUCUCAGAACAUAUUAAAGUUAUUAGUAGCAGAAUAAUGAAUAGAAAGAUGACCUUAACUCUGUUUUGCCACUAAUUUUCCAUGUGUUUCGGGGUACAAGAAUUGAUAUCUUUUGUUUCCAUGGAGUUUAUAAGGACUUUAAGUAGCUUUUUCUUGAGAAUAUUCUUCCCAAGUACAAAUAAUCUCUCUCUUGCUCUCUCCUUGCUUAGAACUGUUAAGAGGCCUAGGUAAUAUUUGUGGUGAUGAUAAAGGUUAAAUAUCUAUGUUUAUACUUCCAAUGAUUAUGAUUUCUUAUUUUUCAGAUAUAAAAUUUAUUAUUGAUGAGACACUAGAUUUUGAUCCAUUUUCUCCAUUGGAUUGCACUUACUGCUGCUAUAGACAAGAAGAGGGAGAGUCUGUAACUUGUCCCCUUGAAGUCAGUGACAAGAGCGUGGCACAAGCAGUUGAUUUGAACAUCUUGUUGGAGGAGAAUGGUGGAAGGACCAAAGAAUCAACUUCCCAGUUGAGUCCUCUGACUCCAAUGAAGCUGGAGGAGGUCAUGAAAGAAGCUAACCAGCUGGCUAUGCAGCUUGAGAAAUGUCAGCUUCUGGAAAAGAAGAUCAGUUCUGAAACAAAGCUUGAGACAGUUCUAGAACAUGAGCUUCUACCCCCAAUCAGGUUUUUGUGUGCAGAGACUGAGGAUCCCCAGAAGUCUCGGAGAAAGACUUUCAAUGUAAAGAACAGCCCUUUGAAACCUCUGCUCCCAAUAGUGGAACCAGUUACCUGCUUGGCUCAAGGUUCCCCCAAAGCUCCAUCUUCCGAAGGUAAAAUUCCUUCUUCCCGCCUGGUGGACUUGCCUAGUGCCAGAAGACAUCAAAAUACAUCUUAUGUUUGCAGCACUGAUGUUCCCCAAGCUAAGCUCUCUGAACCCAAGGCCUUGAUGACAAUGACAUCCAGCAAUAAAAAGGUAUGGUGGCCGGACAGAAGCUCAUCAAUAAGGCAUGUAGAUUGUGAAGUUUGUGCUUAGGAAACCAUUGGUUUUGAUUCUGAUUUCUUCCUAAGCUUGUGCUUUAUUAUACUUAGUCAGCCAUUCAACACUAUUAAGAAUUACAUCUCUCAAAACCUCAGCAAUUGACCUCCUAGACUUCUUAGAAUUGUAAAGAUAGCAAUGUUAGGUUCGCUAACUAAAAAUGUUUGUAGAUAUUUUGUCCACACAUAUUGCACAUAUGAUAGCUUCUUUUUUUAAUCUAAUUGCUGUGUAAUCCCCCAUCUCCACCCCUAAAUUUCUGGACUGCUAGAGCUAAAGAACUAAGGGAUUUGUUUCUUUUUAGUUUUUUUAAACUGAGAUGGUACAGUUGCCGAAUCUUUUUCCCAUGUUGCAGUAGUUACACAAAGAUCCUUUUAAGUAGCUCUGCAUGGUGCUUAUUAGCAUUAUCUUCCUAUUACCAUAUAACAAAGAUGAUGCAAUAGUUCAUUACAUGGAUUGUGACAAUAUGUAGCAUUUCUUUACCAAAGUCUCCAAGUACUUUUUGUGGUAAUCUAUUCACUAGCCCUGUAGAAGACAAUUUAGCUCUAAUCAUUUCCAUUUUGCAAAAUUGAAUCUGCAAAUUCAGUAUUAUGAAAGAAAAUUCCCAUCCUGAUAACUUCUUUCUCUACCCAGCACCUUCUUAUUUGAAUAACAGAAUAACAGAGUUAAAAUGGACCUUGGAGGUCUUCGAGUCCACCUGCCUGCUCAAACAGGA